AUGGCUCCCGCAACAGGAAUCGCCUGCUCGAACGCAGUGUCGCUACGGCUGGGCUCGUCCGCAGCCGCCUCGUCGUCGUCGUCUUUCUGCACAGGCGAGCCUCGCCAAACCGCUCGCAUCGCGUCACGUAGAAACCGAGGGCAUGGCGGCGCUAGGAAAGGUCGUCUGGUGGCCAUGGCUGGUAGACAAGACGACUCAGGAAGCAAUAAGGACGUGGCGGGAGCGGGGAUGACGUGGGUGAGCCCUGAUUGGCUGACGUCAUUGUUCGAGAAGCUGCGCGGCCCCGACGACUCGGGCAUUCCCGUGGCGGACGCGAAGCUGGACGACGUGAAGGACCUGCUGGGCGGCGCGCUCUUCCUGCCGCUCUUCAAGUGGAUGCUCGAGUCCGGCCCCGUCUACCGGCUGGCGGCGGGGCCACGCAACUUCGUGAUCAUCGGCGAGCCGGAGGCGGCGAAGCACGUGCUGCGGGGGUACGGCGCGACGUAUGCCAAGGGGCUCGUGGCGGAGGUGGCGGAGUUCCUCUUCGGCUCGGGCUUCGCCAUCGCCGAGGGCGACCUCUGGACCGCGCGGCGGCGCGCAGUGGGCCCGUCGCUGCACCGGCGGUACCUGGAGACGAUGGUGGACACGGUGUUUGCGAGCAGCACGCAGCACCUGGUCGACAAGCUGCGGCGCAGUGCGGCGCGCGGCGAGGAGGUGAACAUGGAGGCGAUGUUUUCGCAGCUGACGCUGGACGUGAUCGGGCUGGCCGUGUUCAACUUCCAGUUCGACUCGCUCUCCUCCGACAGCCCGCUCAUCCAGGCCGUCUACACCGCGCUCAAGGAAACCGAAUCGCGCUCCACCGACAUCCUCCCCUACUGGCAGGUGCCAUUGCUGUGCGCGAUAGACCCGCGGCAGCGCAAGGCGGCGGAGGCGGUGAGGGUGAUCCGCGAGACAGUGGAGCAGCUAGUGGCGCAGUGCAAGCGCAUGGUGGAGGCGGAGAACGAGAGGAGGGGCGACGACGAGGAGUACGUCAACGAGAGCGACCCCUCCAUCCUGCGCUUCCUGCUCGCCUCCCGUGAAGAGGUGUCAAGCGUGCAGCUGAGGGACGAUCUGCUGUCCAUGCUGGUGGCGGGCCACGAGACCACCGGCUCCGUGCUCACAUGGACCGUCUACCUCCUCGCCCAGCACCCGGAGAAGAUGGCCAAGGCACAGGAGGAGGCGGAGCGGGUGCUGGCGGGGAAGAGCCACCCGAGCCUGGCGGACACAAGGGAGCUCAAGUACCUCACGCGCUGCAUCAACGAGUCCAUGCGCCUCUACCCCCAUCCCCCGAUUCUCAUCCGGAGGGCGGUGGUGAGCGAUGUGCUGCCAGGGGGGUACAAGGUGCAGCCAGGGCAGGACAUGAUGAUAUCCGUCUACAACAUCCACCACUCGCCGCAGGUGUGGGAGCGUGCGGAUGAGUUUAUGCCGGAGCGGUUUGACCUCGAUGCUCCCGUGCCCAACGAGGUCAACACCGACUACAGGUACAUCCCGUUCAGCGGCGGCCCGCGCAAGUGCAUAGGGGACCAGUUUGCGAUGCUGGAGGCCAUCUGUGCGCUCUCAGUGCUCGUCCGCGAGUUUGACUUCGCUCUCGUGCCCAACCAGGACAUCAGCAUGACCACCGGCGCCACCAUCCACACCAAGAAUGGACUUGGAGUAUAUGCAGAUGCUAAUCUGUUCAUCUCGCGAGGCGCGCACGCCAUGGCGGGCGAGCGAGAGGGCGUGCCGUCGGAUUUGGAGCAGCGGCUGCAGCGCGCGUGGAUGCACGUGCAGCUCAAGACGUGCCGCAUCGUGCAAGAUCAUCCGUGCGGCGCCCACCACGGUGCGCACACACACUCGCACGGCGGCAACACGCGCGGCGGCGCACAGAGCCAGCAGCAGCCGUCGCUACCGCCGCCGCAGCGCACGGCGCGGGAUCUGACGGCGACGCUGCAGCAGCUGUGGGGCAACACGCAGGAGCCGCUCGUUCCGCCCGCUGACCCCCACCAGCCCCAUUGUGAGCCGCGACCUCCGCCGCAGAUUUCCUAUCCCUGCUCCCUUCCGCCCGACACCUCUGGCGCCUCAUCGCAGGGCAAUCGCACAGCCUCGCCCGGGCCGUCCACGAGCUCGUCCUCCUCGCACUCCAAUGGCCUCACGCCACGUCAGCAGCCACAGCCGGCGGCCGUGCCUCUGAACUCCGCGGGCCAGCCCUGCCAGCAGCUCUCCCCCUCCCCCUCCCCCUCCACCUCCACUGGACAGCCCAGCCCCGGCGGCUCCCCCGCGCCGUGCGCCUUCGUGCCAGGGCAGGCGGGCGGCGGCAGCGGGGGCGUGUGGCCGCGGCACGGGCCAAACUCGGUGGCGGAGCAGCUGCGCGAGCUAAGCGCGGCGGAGUGGAUGGCGCGCGUGCAGCAGGUGGAGCCGGUGGCGCUGGGCGCGGAGUACAUGGAGGCGGACUUCUUCCGCGGGCUGGACGAGCUCACCUUCGCCUUCGACGAGAUGGAGUCGCUGCUCCCCCACGACCUCAACCCCGCCUUCCUCUCCGCCCCUCCUGGCGCCUUCCCCGGCGCACCAGGGGACACAGGCGUGGGCAUGGAGAUGGGUGGGGGAAUGGGGAUGGGCGAGGAGGAGCUGCUGGGGAUGACGGUGGACCGCAUGGUGCAAGCUAACCAAGCCAGGGAUGGCGGGCAGGGCGGGGGAGUAGUGGGGACGGGAAGUGCGAGGUCGGGGGACAGCCAGGGGCGCGCGGAUAGCCAAGGGCGCGCGGAGGAACUGAUGGCGCAGAUGCAGCGGGCUGCGCUCAACAGCCCGAACGGCUCCCAGGAGGGGUGGCAGCAGGGGGGGCAGGCGCAGGGGCAGACGAUGCAGCAGACGGCGCAUCAAGUGCAGGCGGCGCAGCAGCAGGGGGAGCAGGCGGGAGGAGGAGCAGGCAGCAGCGGUGGCACGGGGCGGUCGGCGGUGAUUCAGAUGCUUCUCGACAUCGCCAAGGCCAUUGUGUCCGGCGACCACCUCCGCGUGCACGCGUUGGUGGAGCGCCUGACAGCGGUGGCGUCAGUAUACGGGGACGCCACACAGCGUGUGUCCGCCUACUUCCUCGAGGGGCUGCUCGCCCGCGCCUCCGGCACGGCGCCCACGGGCCCCGGCUGCCCCGGCAGUGACGGCGCGGGCGCAGCGGGUGCGCUGGGCAUCUACCGCUCCAUCGACUGCGACGCGCCGCUGCUGCGCGCCUUUGAGGUGCUGGUGAGUGCAUCACCGUACCUGACGUUUGGGCAUGUGGCAUGCAACAGCGCCAUACUGGAGGCCAUACAGGGCGCGCGCAAGGUGCACAUAGUGGACUUCGGGCUGGGCCACGCCGUGCAGUGGCCGCCACUCAUCCAGGCGCUGGCCGUGCUGCCGGGGGGCCCACCGCAUCUGCGCAUAACGGGCAUCGACCGCCCCUUUGUGGCCGGCAUCCACAAGGGCUACUGCCUGCGCCAGGCCGGCCAGCGCCUCCGCAAGGUGGCGCAGAGCUGGGGGGUGCCGUUCACGUUCAACUUCAUCCCCAUCAACCUGCCGGACCUGCAGCCAUCCAUGGUGCGGUGUGAGGCGGACGAGGUGCUGGUGGUGAACUGUGCGCUGCGCCUGCACAACCUCAUGGACGAGUCCGUCACUCCCUCCAACCCGCGCGCUGCUGUGCUGCGCACCAUGCGCGCGCUGGCACCCGCAGUGACAACGCUGGUGGAGCAGAACACGAACCACAACUCGCCCUUCUUCCUCAGCCGCUUCCUCGAGGCGCUGCAUUACUACGCCUCCAUCUUCGACGCGCUCGAUGCCUCCGUGCCCGCGGACUCGUCGGAGCGGCGGCUGUUUGAGCAGCGGGUGCUGGGGCGCGCCAUUGUGAACGUGGUGGCGUGUGAGGGGCAGGACCGCACGGAGCGGCAGGAGCCGCUGGGGCAGUGGGAGCGCCGCGUGCACCGCGCCGGGUUCGUGGGGUACCCCCUCAGCCGUGAGGUCGUGGCCACCGCCACCGCCCUGCUCUCCACGUACAAGGGCCCGUACUCACUGUCGUCCGAGCAACCCAACAGCCUCACUCUCAACUGGAAGGACCAACCGUUGCUUGCCAUGUCAGCGUGGCGGCCCAACAGCUAA